UUUUUGUUUUUUUGGGUUUUUUUGGUUUUUUUUUUUUUUUCUGAAUUAUUUUUAAUUUUUUUUAAUUCUUAUUUUUGGCGGGGGCUUUUGCCAGCCCCGCGCCCGCGGGCCGAGGCCUCGCUCAGCCCCUCCGCUCCCACCUCGCCCCGCUCCUCCCAGGGGCGGAAAAAGGGGAACUCGGCCGCUCCUCGACCCUCCGCAUCGUCGCUCCGCAGCCCCCCGAGGGCCCGGCCCCAGGAGGUUGGGGUUUGGGGGCUCUCCCCGCCGUCUCUCUGCUCGGAGUGAUUGUCUAAAAAAGAAUUAAAAAUGGCCGAGAAUGUGGUGGAGCCGGGCCCGCCUUCAGCCAAGCGGCCUAAACUCUCCUCGCCGGCGCUCUCCGUGUCCGCCAGCGACGGCACAGAUUUUGGAUCGCUAUUUGAUCUGGAACAUGACUUGCCAGAUGAACUGAUCAGCUCCACAGAACUGGGACUCACCAAUGGUGGUGACAUUAAUCAGCUGCAGACCAGCCUUGGCCUGGCACAAGAUGCUGCCUCUAAACACAAGCAGCUGUCAGAACUUUUACGGGCUGGUAGCUCCCCAAAUCUCAAUAUGGGGGUCGGUGGCCCUGGGCAGGGCAUGGCCGGCCAAACCCCACAAAAUAGCCCUGGAAUGGGAAUGUUGAACAGCAUGGUGAAGAGCCCCAUGGCGCAGGCUGGGUUGACUUCUCCCAGUAUGGCGAUGGGUACAAGCGGACCAAAUCAGGGUCCUUCAGCCCAAUCUACAGCGGGAAUGAUGCCAACAGUAAACAGUCCAGUUAACCAGCCUGGCAUGGGAAUGAACACAGGGAUGAAUGCUGGCAUGAAUCCUGGGAUGUUGGCAGCAGGCAAUGGACAGGGGGUGAUGCAGGGGCAAGUCAUGAACGGUUCGAUUGGAGCAGGCAGAGGGCGACCAAAUAUGCCAUACCCAAACCCAGGAAUGGGAACUGCUGGUAACUUAUUGGCUGAGACACUGCAGCAAGGCUCCCCGCAGAUGGGGGGACAGGCUGGACUGAGGGGGCCACAGCCUGGAGCCAUGAACAAGGUAAGGCAAGCUAAGCUUGACUUUAGUACCCUUUUUUCACAUCAUUUUAUUUCAUCUGCAGUAGAGAUUCUGUGGAAUAGGAUUUUUUGUCUUUUAAGAGUCCUGAAUCUUGUGCUAAAUAAUUAAUAUACUGCCGAAGUGGUAUUUAUGGCAAUCAGGGGAAACAAGAAGUUACUCAGCAAGUAUGGUUUUUCCUAGGUUAACUGAUGGUGUUUUGUUGUUUUAAUUCUGUGGCAGCAUAGAUCGUCAGUGUUAAUGCAAACUUAACUUCAUAGUAUUUAAUCUAUUUUGUGCUUUUGUCCACAAUUGUGUCUUCUCAUCUAGUUUGGUGAGUGUGAUGGGAACAAAAUGGGGUCUUCUAGAAGUUGUGAUGCUUUUCUGUGUGACACUUAAUGAGAGUAUUUGCUGCCUGUGAUCAGAUGAGUAUUGGUUUGAGCUGCAGCAGGUGAGAAGAAGCAAAUACGAGUUGGAAUGGGCUGAUGUGCUGGAUGGUUUAGGACAUAUGCUGGAUUUAAAGAAAAAUACAUGCUUCAGUUACUGGAGAAAGAAUGCUUGUGUGAAUACCUCCAAACAAGAGUUGGGUUCCUAACAGCUGUCCAGUUGCACACAGCUCUAGUUUUUAGUUUGGAAAGGUUUUGCCUACCUUUUUCUAAAUUGGAAAGCUGAAAAAAUAUAUUGAGGGGGAAAGGGGCAAUGGAUGUGCUUUUGUAAUGUAAGAGAUUUGAAUGAAGCAGUUGUGUAAUUGCUCUGGAAAAGUGAGAGAAGACCAAAUGAUUUAAGUUACAAGUUUAAAAUUUGUCUUAGCUUGCACAAAUAGCUUCACUAGCAUAGGGAAACAGAUGA